UUACUCUAAUGUUUAGUUUUAGUUUAAGUUUAUCGUUAUAUUUUUUCUACGGCAUUAAUUCCCGUAAUUACAGGAAGUUGUAUGAAUGGUAUUUAGGAAACUUUUUUCUUCAAGCUAAGCACUUCACCUCUAUUUAUUUCUGAGUUUUUUUCAAUAUAUAUAUACAAUGUAUAUGUAUUUCCAAGAGUGAUAUAAUGCCCGCGAAUUUCAAAAACUUAAAAAAUUGUAGAAUUUUAAAUCCCCAUUGAUAUUUCUUAGUUAAAUUAGAGAAGAUUAAAAAAGAUGGAGCAAAUAACAGCUGAUGAUCCAAUUAGGCGAUUGCGAGAAGAAAAUCGUGCUGAAGUUGUUGUUUAUCGGAAAGAAGAUCGAGACGCACGUUUCAAGCAACAACGACUUUGCUUACAGGAAGUUAAAGAACUUAUUGCUGACAUUACUAUUGAUGAGUUUAAAGAAUUAGUUUUGCGAUUUAAAGAAAAAAACCCAAGUUUGGAUACAAUAAAAGCUAUAAAAAAUAACUGUUGUACUUCAACUCGUGCAGAAGCAUUUUUCAGAACAGAUGGGGCUUUUGAAGCAUUAAUAAGUAUCUUCAUUGGAAAAAAUGCUAAUAAGCAAUUGGAAGCAGCAGCUUGUUUGACAAAUCUUGCCUGUGGUUCUCACAAAGCUGCACAGCGCAUAAUAAAAAGAGCUGGUCCAUAUUUAGUUUGCUUCAUUGGUAGUGGAAGUUGCUAUUUGCAGGAUCAAUGUGCUUGGGCUGUUGGAAACUUAGCAGAUGAUUGUUUUGACUGUUUUUCCUUACUUAAAGUUCAAGGUAUAAUGCCUGUAUUGUUUACUUUAUUAAAGUCACCUUCAAAAGAAGUAAUAAAAUCAGCCGUUCAUGCCUUACAUGCUUGUACAAAAUAUGGAGAUCCAGAAUUGGGAUCCAUUAUUUUUGCUGAUUCUGAAAAUUUGAAAAAUUUGUUAAGUCUGUUACAACAAAAUGAUGUUGAAAAAAUUAUUCUCCAUAAUGCAGCCUUUACAUUAUCUAAUAUUUGUUAUUUAUCUUCUCAGCAUUUUGAAGUUUCUAAUGAAGAAAUUCAAAUCAUUUUAAAUUGUUUACAUAAAAGUAUUUCAAAUUGUCCAGUUGAUAUUUCAAUUGCAUUGCCAAUGACUCGAUGUUUAGGAUUCAUGACUACAAGAUAUGAAAUUUGCCAUUACCUUUCAGAGCAUUCUAUGUUUAAUUUUUGUGCUACACAAAUAUUCCGUUGUGAAUUUGACUGUUUAAAGGUUGAGUUUUUAUGGAUCUUAACGAACAUUGCAGUGUCUGGAAAGAUAGUUCUUGAUGUUAUAAAUAUGAAUAGUUUACUGAAAAUAUUAGAUACCUCAUUAUUUUUUUUGGAUUGCUCAGGUGUGCAAGUUUUAUAUUAUUUAUCUACUUUGGCUACUAAGAGUGAAGACAUUAUUAAAAUUCUACAACAAGAUGACAUAAUUCAAAGGAUUUCACCAUUUUUAAUUUGUGGUGAAAAAACUCUGCAACAGGCUGCUAAAACAUUCUUCUGUGUCAUUAGGAAACAGGAAUUCCUUCAUAAUAUGUAAUGUGAUUAAUGUAUAUAGAA